CGUGAAGAGCGCGUUUGAGGACAUGUCAACUAGUGGCAUGCGUUUCAGAGGACAAAUUCAACCUCAAACCACUGGAGAUAAUCAGAUAAAGUUUGUGAUGGAUUUUAUCGUGACCUCCACUGAGAACUCCAGUGAGGAGUUUAACUCAUCUCAACAUUUAAAUGCAGACACUGACGAACAGUAUCACAAUGUUCUCAUGCCAAGCAUUUAUGGAGUCAUCUGCUUCGUCGGCAUAAUAGGCAACUGCAUCGUCAUCUACACCAUCGUCAAAAAAAAUAAAUUCAGAGCGCAACAGACGGUGCCUGACAUCUUCAUCUUCAGCCUAUCUAUCGCAGAUCUUCUGUUUCUCCUAGGCAUGCCGUUCCUCAUCCACCAGCUGGUGGGAAACGGUUCGUGGUGUUUCGGUGCCACCAUGUGCACAGUUAUCACAGCGCUGGACUCCAACAGCCAGAUCGUGAGCACCUACAUUUUAACGGUCAUGACUUUGGAUCGAUACUUGGCCACGGUUCAUCCCAUCCGCUUCAACCACAUACGCACUCCAUGCGUGGCCGUGGCGGUCGUGGGCCUGGUGUGGAUCCUCUCGCUGCUGUCCAUCACGCCGGUGUGGAUGUACGCCGGCCUCAUGCCCCUGCGGGACGGAUCGGUGGGAUGCGCUCUGCUCCUUCCCAAUCCGGCCACAGACACGUAUUGGUUUACUCUUUACCAGUUUGUGCUGGCUUUCGCUUUACCAUUGGUGAUCAUUUGCGUGGUGUUUUUCAAGAUCCUCCAGAACAUGGCCGCCACGGUGGCUCCACUUCCCCAGCACAGCCUUCGUGUGCGCACUAGAAAGGUCACUCGGAUGGCCGUCGCCAUAUGCCUGGCGUUCUUCAUUUGCUGGGCACCUCAUUACAUCUUGCAACUGGCACAUCUGAGCGUGCAGCGGCCCAGUUAUGCCUUUCUGUACGCCUAUAACGUCGCCAUUAGCAUGGGCUACGCCAACAGCUGCAUCAACCCGCUGCUCUACAUCAUGCUGAGCGAAACCUUCAAAAGACAAUUCAUCGUAGCCAUCCGUCCGGCGCACAAAGACUUCCGGGUUGAUCCGGCCGAGGGGAGUGUCAGUCUCCGUCUGGCCCCUGACGGAGUGCAGCAGUCUCAGUCCUCCCGCGAGCUGCUGCCGGUUACUGUGGCUGUGCACUGA